AUGUCUUUAUCAAGAAUUCUUCCCAAGCCUUCAUUAUCGACAUAUGAUCCUGAUGUGCAACAGCAAUAUCGAAAACAGCAAGAGCAGAAACAGGCGCAAAAUUCGGGUACACUUGUUAAGAGCGGACCACCACCAUAUGGUCAUCGAAAAGGAUGGGUGCCUAGAACCCAAGAGGAUUUCGGAGAUGGGGGUGCGUACCCCGAAUGUAUUGUAGUUCAGUAUCCCAUGAUGAUGGGAUCCAAGAAGAAAGGCGCCUCUCAAUCAAACGCUGUUGCUCUUCAGUACGACAAGGAUGGUAGUGUCAAAUAUGACGCUAUUCUCAAACAGGGACAUAGAGAUGACAAGAUUAUUCAUUCAGGUGUCGAAAGCACUCUUUACAAACAAUACAACGAAGCAGAUUUGCAGCGACCAGAUGAAGAAACGAUUGAGAGUACGACAGAAUCAACGCGACAAGCGUUGGAAAAACUAGUAAACAGUAAAAUAUCAGCAGCACUGCCAGUUCGAGCAGCGCCAAAGCAAGAACCAGCGCAAUAUAUUCGAUUCACUCCUGCCCAGCAAGGAGGUGGAUUUAACUCUGGAGCAAAGCAGAGAAUAAUCAGAAUGGUUGAAGCUCAAGUUGACCCAAUGGAGCCAGCGAAAUUCAACACCAGCAAAAAGAUCCCGAGGGGACCACCAUCACCUCCAGUUCCUGUUCUACAUUCACCUACCAGAAAGUUAACAGCCAAAGAGCAGCAAGACUGGAAAAUCCCGCCGUGUGUGUCUAACUGGAAGAAUGCCAAAGGUUACACGAUUCCGCUUGACAAGCGACUUGCUGCGGACGGAAGAGGCUUGCAGUCGGUCACAAUUAACGAAAACUUUGCCCGUCUGGCCGAAGCGUUGUUCAUAGCCGAUCGAAAAGCACGUGAGGCUGUUGAAAUGCGAGCUCAAGUUGAACGAAAAAUGGCGACCAAAGAGAAAGAAAAGCAAGAGAAACGACUCAGAGAUUUGGCAGCCAAAGCCAGAAUGGAACGAGCUGGAAUUUCAGCUGAUGGCGAUGAAGAUGGAAAUGAUGAUGACAGAGGAGCUAUCAACGAAAGAAAUGAAAUCAGAGAUGAAAGAAGGAAAGAUCGAGCUCGAGAGAGAAAUAUAGCUAGAGCUGCUCCUGACAAACAAGCGCAGCUUCGCAAAGACGCAGACAGAGAUGUCAGUGAGCAGAUUGCCCUCGGUUUGCCAGCGAGAGGAAACCAGAAUGAUGAGUCUAUGUUCGAUCAGAGAUUGUUCAACAAGUCACAGGGAUUGGACUCUGGAUUCGGUUUCGACGAUGAUACGUAUAAUAUAUUCGACAAGCCCUUCAGAAAUGAAGCAAAUAUGGCUAACAAUAUUUACAGGCCGAGUAAAAAUGUCGACCAGGACACGUAUGGUGACGAUCUUGAUAAAAUACGUUCCUCUAAGAGGUUUGUGCCAGAUAAAGACUUUUCCGGAGGUGCCGCCCAGAGCAGCAGAGAUGGUCCGGUUCAGUUUGAAAUGGCACCAGGCGCCGCAGACGAAGGAGGCGAGGAGGAGGAUCCCUUCGGUCUCGAGAAGUUCUUGAGCGAAGCAAAGAAGGGAUCGGCAACAGACGGAGCUGGACAAUCAACGUCUGGGUCCAAGCGACCAAAGCCGGAAUCAGAGAAACCAUCGUCCAGUGGGAGCAAACGAAAGCGAUAACUUUGUGCUGCCAUUGUGAUCUCUCUUUUCACUGCAAUGAGAUUUAUCUCCAUGUGAAUAUGUCGCGUGUUCAGGAUUGCGAAGCUUUUGGAGCUAGAAUUGAUUUUUUUAAAGUAAACUUUCGAGCCAACAUCAGAUUUUGAAAAAUUUUCUAUCAUUCCAGAAGCAGCAAGUUUUUGCCCAUUCAGCAUUAAAACCAGCAACAUGGCCCGCUGUCUAGAUACUGCGAUAAGUUUAUCAUUGUCGCCGGUAUCCACAGAGGUUCGAGUGAGGAAACAUUAAUAUUUUUACUGCAUAGUUUGUGAUCCUUGCAAUGCUCCUUAAGCUCAAUUUACAGUCGAGAUUUGA